AUGACCUUAGUGGGACUUAAGGAAGAAAAACUUAACGAUUCGCCGGUUAUGUUGACCGUCCAGCAGCAUCACGCCGGCAUGUUGGGCUCGGGCGUUGGGCCUCAGGUCCACCGGGGCAACGUGAUCGUGUCGACGAACGGCGGCGGGAUCAACGGGAGCAUGGAGCCGAAGAUGCAGCACGGGUGCAAGCGGGCGAAACUCUACGCCCAGGCGACACCCUACAGCGCGGUUCCGCAUCAACCGGCCUCUGUGGCGCGGCGGAACGCCCGCGAGCGGAAUCGCGUCAAGCAGGUGAACAACGGAUUCGCGACUCUGCGCCAGCAUAUUCCGCAGAGUGUGGCUCAAGCUCUCGGCGGAAACACGGCUGGGACCGGAGGCGCGUCUCGGGCCGGAAGCAAGAAGCUGUCGAAGGUCGAGACGCUGCGGAUGGCCGUCGAGUAUAUACGCAGUCUCCAGCGCCUGCUCGAGGAGAACGACGGAUCUUUGGAUUCCGCUGGUUCCACGGCUUCCGGUACCUCCUCCGAGAUCCAGCACCACCUCCGACAGAAUUCGGAUUCCUCCUUCAACCCGCCGCCCUCAUCCGAGGCCUCCAGUUCUCCGACACCCAGCUUCGUUUCUGAGGCAUCUUCCGGCGGCGGAAGUCAGGGAUACGGAACCGCCACAGGCACCCUUUACGCCCAGCACUCCGACAGCUACGAUAACUACGAGCCGAUGAGUCCCGAGGACGAGGAACUCCUCGACGUCAUCACGUGGUGGCAGCAGAGUCAAUGA